AUGAAGCAGGACAACCUCUCCAUCGUGCUCGCCGAGCGUCCAACCGAUGGCAUUAUUCCCGGCCAAACAUUCCACCAGAGGAGGACGCCGAUUCCCUCCCCGGCCGAUCUAAAGGAUGGCGAUGUCCUCGUUGAGAAUCUCUAUCUUUCCCUGGACCCUGCCAUGCGUGGCUGGCUGAAUGAUGCGAGAUCGUACAUCCCCCCCGUCAAGCUGGGUGCCGUCAUGCGCGGCGUCUCGGCCGCCCGCGUGCUCGCGUCCAAAAGCAAGCGAGCUUCGCCCGGCGACUUUGUCAGCGCCUCGGCCGGGUGGACCGAGUACGCCAUCCUGUCGGAAGACCAGUUCGAGCCGGCGUCCUCGUUCCCCGGCCUGGACCCCCGCCAGCCCCAGGACAUCCUCUCGGUGCUGGGCCUCACCGGCGCGACCGCCUGGUGGGGAAUGACGCAGGUUGGCGACCCCAAGCCCGGCGACCUGGUGGUCGUGUCCGGGGCGGCCGGCGCGACGGGCAGCGUCGCCGGGCAAAUCGCCAAGAUCAAGGGCGCCACCGUCGUCGGCAUCUGCGGAUCCGACACCAAGUGCAGCUGGCUCGUUGACGAGCUGGGCUUUGACGCCGCGCUCAACUACAAGGCUGCCGACUUCAAGGAGCGCUUCAAGCGCGCCACCAGCAACUACAUUGACGUGUACUUUGACAACGUCGGCGGCGAGGUUCUCGACAUGUGUCUUGCUCGCGCCAAGGAACACGCCCGCUUCGUCAUGUGCGGCGGCAUCAGCCAGUACAACACCAGCAACCCCGUCGGCCCCAAAAACAUCUCCAAGGUCAUCACCAUGAGGAUCAAGAUGCAGGGCUUCAUCGUGUUUGACCACAAGCACCGCAUCCCCGAGAUGCGCAAGGAGCUGUCGCAGUGGCUGGCCGAGGGCAAGCUGAAGAAGACGGAGACCAUUGUCAAGGGCGGCCUGGCGGUUGCCGAGCAGGCGCUGGUUGACUUGUACAACGGGGCGAAUCAGGGAAAACUGCUGGUGGAGCUUAAGAGUCCUGAUGCGCCUGCGUUGAAGUUAUGA